UUCCAGCCGGUCGCACUGGUCGGCGUGCGCGACCAGUCUCCUUACGAAGAUGGCCACCGUGUUCUUCUUUCUUUCAUUCAUUACUCUCUAUUCUGAAUAUUAACCACAAAACUCUUUGCCCCUUCUUAAAUCCCUUCCCUGUGUGAGACAGAAACAGAUUCUUUCCUUUCGUGUUCCGCAAUUUAACCCCUAACCAGAAACCCCUCUUUCCUUAUCAUCAUCGAAUCCAAUUCCGGAUUCUUCUUGGUAAUUGCUUCCUUCUUGUUCUCUAUUUGGAAGUGAUUUUUGGUUGAUUUGUGUUGUGGGUUGCGUUUUGUUCGAGAUUUGGGCGAUACCCAUCGACCCUUUUUAGAUGUUUUUCAUGCCCCUGUUCCCUUUUGCCGUUUUGGAAUAGUGGGUUUUGUGGAUUCUGAUCUGUUUUUUUUUGGGAAUGUUUGUGGCAGUGGUUUGAAUUGUGUGUUGUGUUGUGUUGUUCUUUUUCUAUUUUUGUCAAAAACGACAGCUCGGUGUUCUGUGUUUUUCUUUCUGUCUGAAACUUGGAUGAUUCUGGUGAGUUGGUUUUGUUUUUGAACUAUAAAUUUGGUCGGAUUCUAGUUGUGUUAAACCAGUCAACUGGUUAGGAUGGUUCAGUCGAUUGCAGCAGCUUCUCUUUUUUGCCAUCAGCUGCUAUGUGGCGGAGCUUUUGUUAAGAACACGUCCAACAAGAGGAAGAACAGCAGGUCUCCGCCGUCCCAAUUCAUUGGAAAGCGGCUGAUUUCGUCUCCUUUGUCAGUGAAGGCUUCAUCAUUGGAGGCGACAAAAGAAGCAUAUUCAUUCAAAGAGGACAGAAUACCAAAGGAUUGGAACUAUGAUAUUGAUGCUGGCUUUGAUAGAAAGCCAGGCUUAUGGCCUCCUGAAAACAAAGCAGAUAACCCUUCAUUGCAGAAUCCAUUGCUUCGACAAGAAAGAAUGGGCUGUGGAUGGUUGGGUGCCAUUUUUGAGUGGGAGGGUGUGCUCAUUGAGGACAAUCCUGAUAUUGAGAAGCAGGCCUGGUUAGCUCUUUCUGAGGAAGAAGGAAAGUCACCUCCCCCAGCUUUUAUCCUUAGAAGAAUAGAAGGGAUGAAGAAUGAACAAGCCAUUUCUGAAGUUCUUUGCUGGUCAAGAGAUCCAUCUCAGUUGAGAAGAAUGGCUGCUAGGAAGGAAGAAAUCUAUCAAGCAUUGCAGGGUGGAAUUUACAGACUAAGAGCUGGAUCAAAGGAGUUUGUGAAUGUCCUGAUGCAUUACAAGAUCCCCAUGGCACUAGUUUCGACUCGUCCUAGAGAAGCUUUGGAAUCAGCCAUGGGAACGAUCGGUAUCGAUGGCGAUUUCAAUGUGGUUAUAGCUGCAGAGGACGUUCAUAGGGGAAAGCCUGAUCCAGAAAUGUUCGUUUAUGCAGCACAGCUCUUGAACUUCAUUCCUGAAAGGUGCAUUGUGUUUGGGAAUUCAAACCAAACUGUUGAGGCUGCUCAUGAUGCUCGGAUGAAGUGUGUGGCUGUUGCGAGCAAGCAUCCUGUUUAUGAACUUGCGGCUGCAGACUUGGUGGUGAGAUACCUCGACGAGCUGACGGUUGUUGAUCUGAAGAACCUGGCCGAUAUCGAGUCCUCUGAGUUUGGUCGAGAGGCGGAGUUGGAGAUGGAGUUGGAGGAAGAGAAUGAAUCUCCAUCGACCAUGACAGCAGUUGAUGAUAUGUUAUGGUGACUAUGGGUAAAUGUACAUAAUUUAUUGCUGUGAUUCUUAACGUUUAUAGUUAGUGAUCUGUGUAUAAAAAAGGUGGGAAAUAUUUACCAAAAGGAACACGAAACUGGUCUGCAUUGGACCAACUCAAUGAUAUAUAUGUAUGCAUUUUUCUAUUUC